UGCUAUGUUUGGCUCAUUGAAUGUGAGGGUUUGAACCAACCUGAGAGAAUCUUCACAGGUGCCAGUUCAGAGCGGAACAGAAGAAGCAGAAGAAGAGAAGUGACGGAUCAAAGAAGAAGAAGAAGAAGAAGAGAGACAGAUGGGACAGGGUCGCUCGUCCAUGUGUCCUCAGGUGAUCCUGAUGGGUCUGGACUCUGCGGGGAAGUCGACUCUUCUGGCUCGACUGCUCACAGGACAGGUGAUGGACACGUCACCGACCAUUGGAUUCAACGUGGGAACAUUGGACCUGGACAAGAAGACGUCUCUGACCGUGUGGGACAUCGGAGGACAGAAGAGCAUGAGACCAAACUGGAGGUUCUACCUGGACGACUGCAAGGCGCUGGUCUUUGUGGUCGACAGCAGCGACCCCAGGCGCAUGUCAGAGGCUCAGAAAACUCUGAAGAAGAUUCUGAGUGAGGAGAAGUUGCGAGGAGUUCCUCUCAUGGUUCUGGCCAAUAAGAAAGAUCUGCCCAACUCCAUGACGAUACGAGAGAUCUCCAACCAGCUGGAUCUCCGCAGCUACACCGAGCGCUCGUGGGAGAUUCAGGCCUGCAGCGCUCUGCAGGGACUCGGCCUCCAGCAGGCGUUUCUGUCCGUCAAUAAACUGAUCAAGAAGAGCUGAGGGAGGAGGGGUGGAGUUUAUGUGAGGAGGAGAAGGAGCAUUUAAAUAUUUAAGCAAACAAAAUGUUGUUUGAUUGUAAUAAACUAAUAUCAACCUGUUGAGUAUUAUUAAAGUGCGUUGAUCGAUCAGUUGAUUGAUAAUCAAGA